UCUUAGGUUAUUCGAAGAUUUUAUAUUUAUCCACUAUUCAAGAUGUCAGACAUAGCAGUAAAGAAAGCAGCGAAGAAGCCAGCAAAGCCAGCUGAGCAUCCUAUAUACAACGAUAUGGUAAAAGCAGCGAUUUCUGCCUUGAAGGAACGCAAUGGAUCGUCCCGUCAAGCCAUCGACAAGUACAUCAAAGGCAACUACAAGGUCGGGGACAAAUGUGGUCAUCAUCUGAAGCUGGCGCUCAAGAGAAUGAGCGAGAAAGGAAUCCUUGUACACACCAAGGGUGUUGGUGCUUCUGGAUCCUUCAAACUGAACAAGGCCGUUAAAGAUGAGAAACCAAAGAAGAAGCCAGCGAAGAAGCCCGUUGCUAAGAAACCUGCUAAGAAACCGGCCGCCAAGAAAGCCAAGAAGCCUAAGUCACCGGCAAAGAAGGCAGCCAAGUCUCCCAAGAAGGCAAAGAAAGCAGCUGCAGAGAAACCAAAGAAAGCAGCCAAGAAGCCUGCUGCUAAAGCCAAGCCAGCUAAGAAGCCAGCAGCUAAAAAACCCGCCAAGAAGACAGCCAAGAAACCCGCGGCAAAGAAGGCAGCCAAAUCUCCCAAGAAUUAAAGCGUAACAUACGCUACUUAACAAUCAAACGGCUCUUUUAGGAGCCACCACAUGAAAUAAAGUCAAAACCAAUAUGCUAUGGCGAGCGCGAAAACGAUGCGAUUUCCAAUACCACAAACAUUCGCUUUUACUUUAUUUAUUUAUUCAACGGUGACUAACACAGAGGGGUGGGUUUCAGUAAAAUAAGACAUUCUAACGACUAAGCUUACAUGUUAUAUGACAGUGCUUCAAAAUGCUUUUGCUCUGUAACCUCAAAUCCAUAUUACUCUUGCACAUAUAGUUAAUAUACACAUUCAUUUAACCAUAGUUGAUAGUUAACUAUGAUUUAUUAAACAGAGCAACAGCAUGCCAAAUCAACUUGAUCGCGAAAUUAUGUAGUCCCCUGUAUAUGCAUGGGAAUAGCCAGGAAUUUGCUUUGGGAGGGGCCCAAAACCCAUUUUCUGAAGAUUGGCAAGUCAAACUUAUCACGUGACUUCAACUAUGUUUUGGUUUCUACAGCGUGAGGAUUGCCCCAUCCUGGCUAUACCCCUGAAUAAGCCAUGCACCACCACCACUAACUUCUAUCUAUAUUAAAAGAAGUUAACAUUUUCCA